AUGCGCGGCUAUCAAAAGUAUCUCUCCGGAUCGGUCCUGCUGGCCACCCUGGGCGGGGUUCAGGCAAAGCUCGACCCAAACUCUGACAAGAACAUUGCCAUUUACUGGGGGCAAAAUUCAUUGCAGGGCAAUGGUGGCCAGGUCCAACAGCCAUUGGCGCACUACUGCGAGAAUGAUGACAUCGAUGUUAUCCCCUUGGCGUUCGACAUGAUGAUCAAUGGGCCUGGCGGUGCUCCCGAAGUUGACUUCUCAGUCACAAGCAAUGAGUGCGACGUCUUCCCGGGAACUCAGUUGAAGAACUGUCCCAAGAUUGGUGAUGAUAUUGCAACAUGCCAGGAGAAGGGCAAGACGAUUCUACUGUCCAUUGGUGGUGCAACGUACAGCGAGGGUGGUUUCAAAUCUGACGACGACGCAAAGGCUGGGGCAAAGCUGAUGUGGGAGACCUUUGGACCCGUUCAAGCGGAUUCAAAAGCUCUUCGACCAUUUGGAAACGUUAGUGUUGACGGCUUUGACUUUGACUUCGAGGCCACUGUCCUGCAUAUGGCAACGUUCGCCAGUGAGCUCCGCACCUUGAUGGAUCAGGACACUAGCAAGCAGUAUUUCUUGACUGCAGCUCCUCAAUGUCCCUACCCUGAUGCGGCGGAUAAGGAUAUCCUGAAUGGGCCAAUCUACAUCGAUGCGGUUUUCGUGCAGUUCUACAACAAUUACUGCGGCGUAAACAACUUCAACACUGAUGCGACGAGCUCGAAUUACAACUUUGAAGAAUGGGACAACUGGGCCAAGACCGUUUCUCAGAACAAGAACGUCAGAGUUCUGAUCGGUGUUCCCGCCGAUACCACCGCCGCUAGUACAGGAUACAUCCCUGCGUCGAAACUGACGGAUGUGAUUGAAUAUACGCAGAAGUUCGAAAGCUUCGGCGGCGUGAUGAUGUGGGAUGUCACGCAGGCAUACGCAAAUGAUGGAUUUAUUGGAAGUGUGCGCAAGGCGCUCGGUGGGCCUGAUUCCGGUUCGUCGUCGCCGUCCAACAGCGCGGCGUCGACCGCGGUGUCUACAUCUUCGUCCACUAACACGUCGGAGACCUCGCUAUCUUCCAAUGCACCCGACUCCUCGUCCUCCUCUUCCUCAUCCUCUGGGUCUGCCUCAUCGUCCAAUGGUCAUGAGCCCUCUGUCACGAGCACUACUGCCCCAGCACCGACUGCGUCCACCUCGUCGACGACUACCACGAAGGCGCCCUCUCAAUCAUCGCCAUCACCCGAUGACAUCGACGACGAUCUUGAAGACGAUGACGAUACCGAGUCUCCCGAAGACACUAACACUGCUGCCAAUGACGGCGCCACCAACAAGACCAAGGACAACGCUUCCAAGGAGGACUCCACAAGCAAGGGCCCUCUUGGCCUCAUUAGCCAGGAUCUGUUUGGUCUGCUGCAUGGUUUGGAGGAUGCCAACACCGUCACGGGGGGUCUCACUCACGGUCUCACUAAGAAUCUUCGCCGUGCCCGCCGCAUUGGCUACUAG